AUGGCUUUUAGGGGUUGUUGGGAAUGUGUUUUGAACCUUUUGAAUAGCUUACUAACCAUUACUGGUCUAGCAAUGGUGGGCUAUGGGGUUUAUCUUCUGGUUCAAUUCGGUAAAGCUCCAAAUAACUCUCUGACUAUUGCUACUGUUAGUGAUGAUCAAAAUUAUCUUCUACUUGGCAGACCAAUGCUUAUGGUGUUGCCUCUUUCCAAAAAAUUUUUUGAUGAUUUGCCCAAGGCUUGGUAUGAACGUUGA